AUGUCUGAGAGUCCACCAGAAGCAAAACCAGAGGCCAAGUCAGAAGUUAAGCCGGAAACACAUAUCAACUUGAAAGUCACCGACGGUUCGUCCGAGAUUUUUUUCAAGAUUAAAAGAACGACGCCUCUGAGGAGGUUGAUGGAUGCGUUUGCCAAGAGGCAAGGCCGCGAGAUGGAUUCUCUGAGAUUCUUGUACGACGGUGUGCGGAUCCAGCCAGAUCAGACCCCGGACGAUCUGGAUAUGGAGGAUAACGAUAUCAUAGAGGCCCACAGGGAGCAAAUCGGAGGUUGUUAG